AUGGCUAAGAGAAUUGAAGUGACCACCUCCUUCAUCGGAAACAUUCUUUCCUCAAAGGAGAGUGACGAUGUCAAAGUGCAACUCAUACUACAAGCACUGUAUCGCAUACUCAAGCAGUAUGGAUUCGACCCCUACGACAAUAAAAACAAGGCGUCCGACGCUACAAAUGACUUUGACUAUUUGCUCCUCUCUCCAGAGGUGGACAUAGAGGAAGCGGAAAGGGUCAUCUCGGAAUCAAAGAAGGCGCUCGACGUCUCGCAAGCGUCCCGCGACGCAGGUCGUGAGGUGAAGCCUCCCAAAUUGAGCGAACGUGAAGCCACCUUCAUCUUAUUGGAGCACGCCGCACCAGUCGCUUUCGGCGACGUCACUUUGAAUUCGGAAACCACGUCCCUACGUAACACACUCAACAAGUAUUUCCAAACGCACAAGCUGGACGUCUCGCUAGAAUUCGCGGAUAAUGUCUCCACUCUGAAAACGCCGAAAGAGUUGCACGUAUCCUUCCACAGUUUCCCAAUAGUGAAAGCACUGCAAGACAAGUGGGUUGUCGCUAUAAAGAGGAAGCCUCCCUACAAUACUGUGACAGCUAAAGUCUGCUCUUUGCAUUUCAAGGAAAGUGACUUUGUGAAGAAUGUUGCAAGUGGACGAAGAAUGCUUCACAGCAAUGCUGUGCCAAGUAUUUUCAAAUUCAAAAAAGUGACGAAAGAACGGAAAGCCCCAAAAGAGCGAAGGGCACUCACACCAAAGUCUGCUUGGCCAAAUGCUCAGAACAUUCAAGACAGACGUCCAGCCGAAUGCCAUGAUUUUGCCACAAGUGAAGAGCAGUGUGAAACUAGUGAAAAUGAUACGAUACUAACAGCCGUGCCAGAAACACAGUCACCUUCCAAAACAGAAGAAGAGAUGAGGAUGCAGAAAAAAGAUGAAUUGAUAGAGAGUCUCCAAAAAUCCUUGCAAGUGGCAAAUGCAGAAAUAGCCCGACUAGAAAGGGAGCUCCUGCUACUGAAGGAAAAACACAGGAAGCUGGAGGAGAAACACCUUCCAUUUUCUGUUGAACGUUUCAAGGGCUCUGACGACGAUAUCCAAUUUUAUACUGGCCUCCCUUCCUAUGCCAUGUUCAAAAACUUUCUCACAUAUCUUGACCCGGGUGAGCGUGGUUGCAACAUCCAAUAUGGAACGUCUAGCGACAGCAUUUCACCCCUUGGAAGGCCUCAUGCACUUUCGAUGGACAAUGAGCUGUUCCUGACCCUAGUCAGACUACGGGUUGGCUUGUUCCAGCAGGACUUAGCACACAGGUUUAGUGUCACCCAAGCAACGAUAAGCAGGAUACUUUCAGCAUGGAUCAAUCAUCUGUACCUAAAGCUCAGUGCACUCCCACAGUGGCCAUCUCGCGAAAUCAUUCAGAAAAACAUGCCAGUGGCCUUCAAAGAAGAGUUCCCAAGCACAAGGGUGAUAAUAGAUGCGACAGAAAUAAAAUGCCAAGUGCCCAGCUCAUUUGUGUUACAAUCAGAGACAUACUCGACGUACAAGUCGUCAAACACCUUGAAGUCUCUUAUUGGAGUGUCACCGGAUGGCUACCUGACAUUUGUGUCUUCCCUCUACACCGGAAGUAUCUCCGACAAGGAACUAGUGAAGAAAAGUGGACUUUUAUCUCUAAAAUUUGAAGAAGGAGACUCCAUCAUGGCUGAUAAAGGGUUUAGAAUACAGGAUCUCCUCAAUCCCCUGAAAAUUGGACUCAACAUUCCACCAUUCACAACGCAGGGCAAGCUAACAAAGGAAGAGGUUCUGGAGACGCAGAAAAUCGCUUCCUUGAGGAUACACGUGGAACGCAGGAUCCAGCGAAUAAAGACCUAUCAUAUAUUUGACAGUGGAGUGCCCAUCACGCUUUGUCCCCUUGUGAAUCAAAUGUGGACUGUAUGUGCAUUAUUAAGCAACUACCAAAGCCCCAUUAUGAAAACUUACGACUAG